CCAAUACUGAAAGGAAUUCGCCACAUCGUGUGGGACCGGUUUACAGCCAAGAAACCUAACGCCAACAAAUUUCUCUAAAUAUUUGAAAGAUUUGAGUGUUUUGUAAUACCUCAACAAAUGUCAGAGGCGACUCAGGCGACGGAUUUCCUUGUUUUGCGUUCGAUUUUGCCUGACAGUGACGUGUUUUGAAAAAAGGUCUUUUCAGAAUCAAGAUGAAUUGGUUUCCAGCUAAGGACCUUUUAGUAUUAAUCCUACUUAAUUUUAGCCAAUACAUAGAUAUAAUUGGAGCAUCCACCCAACAGUUUGUAACUUGUGGGUCGGUUUUAAAAUUAAUAAAUACUGACUACAGGGUACGGCUACAUUCUCAUGAUGUAAAAUACGGCACAGGCAGUGGUCAACAGUCUGUUACAGGCACUGAAGUACAAGAGGACAUUAAUAGUCACUGGCAGGCAAAAGCAGCAACUGGAAAGACCUGUGUCAGAGGUGAACCAAUAAAAUGUGAGUCCACUAUUCGACUGGAGCAUGUGGAGACAAAGAAAAACUUGCAUUCACAUCUAUUUUCAAGUCCUUUAAGUGGAAACCAGGAAAUUAGCUGUUAUGGUAAUGAUGGAGAGGGAGAUACUGGUGAUAACUGGAUUGUUAUAUGUUCUGGUAGGUAUUAAACUUUCCCUUUUCAGGACUGCUUUGGAAUGAGUCUAGGUGCUGGAUAAUGUAAUUGAUGAUUUUCUAGUACAUGUAUUUUGUUGUAAAGUGCCAACAAACAAAAUUAAUAUCUUGGUUUUCUCUUAUAUACUGCAUGGAAGGAUAAAGCUUGUAUUAUUGCUGAAUCGUGAUGAUGUCACAAGUUAUGAGGGCAGUAUGUCCAAGUGGAGGAGGCUUUCCCUCGUAGUUCCAUGAAUUUCAAAUUUCUUGUUAUUGGAUAAUACACAUGAAUAAUGCUUUGUGAUUUUUUGUGUAUGGUCAAAUCACCUGAGGUAUGGUAACAUAUGCACUAGUUGGACGGUGUUGUCAUGCAGAGAUUUUCUGUAAACUCUCUCGGGUACUAAAUAUUCUAUCAGUGUUUCCUUCCCGAAAAGUAACAUCCUCCAGAAAUGUGCCAAAAUCACAGAAAUCUCUUGGUCACUGACUUCAUCCAACCAUGGUAAUGCUUGCUACAUUUCACCAUGUGGGUAGCAUUGCAUUUUGUACAUACAAGGGAAACCAAAUUUGUCUGAAGGCUUGAGUUCAAUGUGUACAAGAGAGAAGCCUGAUAACUGUUAAAAUGAGACAAACACCGGCUGACGAGCAAAGGUCAUCCACUACAUUACCUAUCAACGGUGACGCAGAAGGUGGUGCAAUCUACUGCGUUGCCAAUAGAAAUGAGCAAAAACUCGCGAAAUGCGAUUUACUCGCAGCGAUUAUACAAUCGCGAUCGCAACCUGCGAGCCCGUUCCGUAGCAAACUGCGAGUAGCGAGCUGGUGGGGUGGUAGGUUCGCGUGAGCCGGUAGGCAUGCAACCAACGAACCAACCGUACAAUCGCGGCAAUCGCUUUGGGAGUGACAUAUGCGAGUGGCGAUUGGCGGUUAAAAACUAGCCGAUGGCGUUGCUUUUAUAUGGUUGUGAGUUGUGACUGUUGCG